GUGUAGCUCCCUGUUAACGAAACGAACCUCAGUCCGCAGACACUCGAUGGUUUAAUGAUCCCUUUUAUUGCUGAUCUGGUUUGGACCUCGCCAGCGCCUCACAGACCAACAGCUAACGGGAGUUUGAGUCUUCUGCUGCGGAGACUAAACACCGCUAGCUCCCACAGUUAGCGACUACCGUUAGCUUCCGCUGUUAGCUGCUACCGUUAGCUUCCGCUGUUAGCUGCUACCGUUAGCUGCCUUCAGCUACUCGCUCCGAUAUAUGAUGGGAGCUCAACGCAGCGAGGGAGGCCGGGACUGGCUGGAGCAGGAUGGACCCGAGCAGCUGGACCCGAGCCCAAAGCCGUGGAACCUGAUGAUCAAACAUCGACAGAUUCAGAAAAGAGGACGACGCUCACACAUGACUGUCAGCUACACUGAUCCUCAGGUGUCCAUGGACCUGUUGAGGGCGGUGCUUCAGCCCAGCUUCAAUGAUGACAUCAUGGCUGUGUUUAGGAAGUACCACAAGUUCUUUGAGAAGGCAGCGGAGAACGUAAAGGAGAACGUUGGAGAUGAAGUUCAGACUGAUCAGCUGAUCAGGGAGACCUGCAGGAACGUCCUGGAACACGCUAAACAGCUGUUUCCAGAUGCUGAGGUGAAGAGGGCGGGGCCAGACGUUGCUAUCAAGAGGUCCAGACCUGCUGAUGAAGACUGUGGUCAGAGAGGAAGCCCCUUCCUGAAGAAGAGAAAGACGCGUCCAGGUGCCGUCGCAUCGUCUGAUCGUCCUCUGGGCUUUUCCUCUCAAGUGAAGCUCAAGGCCGAUCCUGUCAGGAGGGAGGGGCCUAAGUGGGAUCCGUCCAGACUCAGCGACAGCAGCACGUUCGUUCUCGGCUCCAGAGCCAACAAGGCGCUGGGGAUGGGCGGGACCAGAGGACGGAUCUACAUCAAACACUCGGACCUGUUCAAGUAUGCUGCAGAUGCAAAGGACAAGCAGUGGUUGGCUGAGAGACAUCACAUGAGGGCCACGGGAGGGAAGAUGGCCUACCUGCUGAUUGAGGAGGACAUCCAGGACCUGUCCCGCAGUGAUGAGUACAGGGAGUGUCCUGACGUGAGGAUGGACGAGCUGAAGCCGUUCACGGUUCCCGUCUGGAUGGUGGAGAAGAUGCAGAGAGCGAUGGAGGCGCAGAGAGACACCGACCUCUGACCCACUGAUCAUGUGACUUCUUCUAGUUUUUAAUUUUUACUGAUGAAAACAAAUAAAAGUUGUGACUUUCCCUUGA